AUACCACUGGGAGCGACCUUCAGGUAUACUUGGCUCCGGAUCACUCAUGUUUGCCACUGUCGGACGUGUCCUUAUUCGCAUCCCCCGCUAUGAUUGCUCCACACCUCAGGCGAUGUAUGGUUCGAACUCUGAACUUUCUCUUCCCCACUCUGUUCGCUUGCUUUAUGAAUGCUGUGAACAGAUAAAACGAAAAACCGGUGAACUACCGACAUAUUGCCAAACUAGGACACGCACCGCCUAGACGCUCGUGUCCUGCAGUGUCUGUGGCCACUGCAGUCUCACCUCAUAACUUGUCCUGAAUAGGUCGAACCGUUUUCCGUCUACUUAGCUCGAAUGGCUUCUGAGUUGCCUUCUCUCAGCCUUUUCCUUGCUCAGUUACCCCAUACAUUCCAUCAGCUACUACAGUUGCCAGAAAGGGAUGCAUCGUUAUGGUUAAAUAAGGAGCGCAAAAAGGCCAUUAACUAUAAUCGGUCGCUCUCCAUUGUUCUCAACUCCUUCGCACCGAUUCAUCGGCUCCCGGAAGAGCUCUUGCGCAAGAUAAUCACCGUAGCAAUUGAAGAUACAAAACAGCUUCAUGGGUCAUUAUCUUGGCUACGAAUCACCCACGUCUGCCAUCAAUGGCGCGAAAUCGCCUUGUCAACUUCAGCCUUGUGGACGGCGAUUGAUCUGCAUACCCGACAAGCUUCAACCUUCCUCCACCGCUCAGGAAGAGCUGGCAUCAGUGUCUGCUGGCAUCCAAAACGGCAACAAAUACGGCGGAUAGCAGUUUAUAUGAACAUGCUCUCUCCACACACAUCCCACUUGGUUCACCUUGACGUUCGCGCGGAUCAAUCAACGAUAGAGCAGUUUCUCGCCUUCCUCGAAUGUCACGACCUUGAGUGUCUCCGCUCCAUUACUCUGACAUGUCCUGACCCCGAACCAUCUGCUCGGUGUAUACCAUUUGUACCGAGAUUGGGUCCCAAUAACACUAUGGAAAGAAUUCAGUUCUCGGGCGUGCUCUUGGAUUGGGGAAGUCCCGUAUACGCCGGGCUGAAGGUCUUUGACAUAGAAGAUACUCAUGAUAUAUCCGUGCCUGCUAUGGAAGAGUUCCUUCAAGUGCUAGAUCGAUGCCCUGAAUUGGAAUUCUUGGAGGUAGUGUUCUCCGGUCCAGUUUCCCUUCCUGGGCCACAUCCGGUGUCAGCGAAUCGUAAUGCAAUAGAGCUACGCCAUUGCCGUCGCGUAGUCCUAAACCAGGUGGACCCGUUUUCCGUUGGACGUAUCCUUGAACAUCUAGUCUUGCCACACACAACAUUCCUUGAACUUCAAGCGGAAAAGUGCAGGCCAGGAAAUCACGACCUUCUGGAUAUCUUUCCAGCACGCAUUGAUGUCCUCCCAGCAUUGCGCCAAGUGAGAUUUCUCACGUUAUUGGUGAGCUUCGAGUACAUUGAGGUUAUUGCAACCGACGUUAAAGGACAAAGUGGCGCGCAAGUCAAGCUCUUGGCGAAUAUUGAAGAUCCAGAAUGCUUUGGUGAAUAUGAUGAAGAUGUAUCAUCUAAUGCCUUACUUGAUGCUGCAAGUAUAUUUUCCGAUGGUCCUAUCGAGGAGAUAUGUUUCAGCACCUAUGGCGACUGCAUCACCACCAUGGCAUGGAUAGCGGCAUUGUCUAAAUUCCCCCAUGUUCGCUCGUUUCGUUUACGUUUACGUGACGCCAGUGAAUGGGAUAUGGGACACAUAGAUCAAUUCAUGAAGGCACUUGAAGUUUCCGGGGAGUCAAUCCUUUGUCCUAAACUAGUUGAACUUCACUUGACAGGCCUGUCCGUUGAUUCCGAAAUUCUGGGACUUCUGCGUUUGGCAUCAAAUUCUCGCAAGGUUCAUUGCGUACCACUCAAUCUAGUAACGAUGUGCUGCUGCGAAUUUCUCUCUGGAGUGGAUCGGGCAGAGCUGGAGAAAGCAGUCCAGUGUGAAGUUCGGAUUAGCCAAUCAAAGGACCAGGAAGACGAUAUGUGGAUAUAUCGAUAAAGUUUUUUAUUUUGGAUAAUCCUCCGUGGCGUUACUGGUUUGAAGAUUUAUUCCCUGCAAACUCGAAGCUUUUCCACAGGUCCUCUUGAUGCAAAUGCGUCAAUGUAUUUGUAGACUACAGUAUCUCUAAGAACAUCUUGCGGCAUAUCACUAGACUUUGUGCAUAUAUUAGAAGUGUGUGAUAGCACAGAAAUGUCGUACGUUCCUCCCUCGUAACAAGUCCUUUUGCAUGUC